AUGAUUACGUUCUCAAUUGAAUUAAACAAUGUCACACAGUUUAUAUUUGAUUUAAAUGUCAUUAAACGUUCAGAAAGUGUGACGAGUGCAGAAUUACAUCUAUACAAACGUCGUACAAAAUAUACCAUUCGUUAUGAAAUCAGUGAAAUUUAUUCAAUCAAUCAUCACUCAUCUAUUUCUGGAAAAAUUUUACUUGACAAUUUUGUAAUCGGUUGGCAAAAUUUUCCUAUCACAGAUGUUCUCGCACGUACAAUACAAUAUUCAAAAAAUAAUUCUUAUUUUGGUUUAACAUUAAAACCAUUUAUUAUUAAACAAGAUGGACAAUCAAAAGAAAUACCUUAUUUACAAAAGUUUAGUGUCUAUACACCGUUUCUAGUUGUCUAUUCAAAUGAUUCAAAAUCCGAGUCGGUAUUUGAAGAAUUUAUUCCGUCGAAUUUAGAAAAAUCAGCGUCUAUUUAUGAAGAUUUUGAAAAAGAUGUGAGAAAACGAAACAACGGAGAACAACAACAACAAAAUAUAGUAAGGAUGGCACCGAUAACUGACUACUUUGCCUAUGGCGAUAUUUUACAGUUGGCUCGAAAAAAGCGUUCUGUAUCAAAAUUACUCAAUUCGAUAAACAGUCGCUAUCAACGUUAUUCAACUAAUACAACGCGAGCACUUUCAACAAUAACAACAACAGCAACAACACCAGAUAAUAAUUUAUUACCUGACUUUGAUUUAACAAAGGAGUCAAGCAAAUAUUUAACAUCUUUCUUACUUCAAGAUCAAAAAUGUUCUGUAAAAUCAUUUGCUGUCGAUUUUUCCGAUAUUGGAUGGUCCGACUGGAUUAUUGAACCAAAACGAUAUAUGGCCAAUUUAUGCUCGGGAUCAUGUGAAUUUCAACAUAUUAGAUCAGGUAAAUCGACAAAUCAUGCUCUAUUACAAAGUAUGAUACGUCGAUUAGGUGUUCGUAGUGAUACUCAAUUACCAGCAAUUUGUUGUAAUCCCGAAAAAUAUUCGUCAUUACCAGUAUUUUACAAAAGUUCAGAACAAAAUUAUUUCAUUCGAUUACUGCCAGAUAUGAUUAUUGAUUCGUGUCAUUGUAGAUAA